UGUUAUUCGUCAUACCUAGGGUUUCUAUCCACGAUCUCUGGUUAGCUUCUGUCGCCGCCGUAGUGCUCGUCCUCGUCAACCAUGUCGUCGGCGGCGAAGAUCGGCCACGGCCAUCCCCGGAUCAACGGCCAUAUUUUGCCCCAGCCGUGUCCCCACCUGGCCGAGUUUCGAUCGAGGAACGGCUCCAAGCCAUUCCGAGCCUUGCAGGACUGCCUCCGAGUCAAGCCACCGGGAGGUGGCGCCGCGAUCCGGCGGGAUCCAGACGAGGUGGCGCGCUGCGGCAUGUGCGGCGACGCGGCGCGGCCAAGGCUCUACGCCUGCGUGGCGUGCGCCGCCGUGUCGUGUCACGCGCCGCCUGAACCCUCCCACGCCGCGGCGCACGCCGAGUCGAUGCCGCCGGGGCAUGAGAUCGCCGUCGACGUCGAUCGCGCCGAGCUCUUCUGCUGCGCGUGCCGGGAUCAGGUCUACGACCGUGACUUCGACGCCGCCGUGGUCUUGGCGCAGACGUCGGCGUCCAAGCUCGGUGCGAACUCGUCUUCAUCAUCAUCGACAUCGGCGAUUAGGUUUCAGCAUCCGGAGAAUCUACGAAAGCGGCGCCGCGUCGAUUACCGUCCUUGGGUUCCCGAUCUGAGGGAGCGAGCUCUGGUGGGGAAUGGAUCGGUUCCUCUCGGAAGCUCCGAUUCGAGUUCGGAUUUUCCACGAGGGUUGCGCGGGCUCAACAAUUUAGGGAACACCUGUUUCAUGAACUCGGUUCUUCAAGCUCUGCUUCACACUCCUCCGUUGAGGAACUACUUCCUCAGCGACCGCCAUAACCGCUACUUUUGCCGGGAGAAGAACGGCGUAUCCAAUACGAAUCGGAGGAACGGUGCUAAUUCCGAUGUGAAUGGAAAGAUUCGAAAUUGUUUGGCUUGCGAUAUGGACGACAUCUUCUCGGCAGUCUUCUCAGGGGAUCGGACGCCGUACAGUCCCGCGAAGUUUCUCUUCAGUUGGUGGCAGCACGCGGCCAAUCUGGCGAGUUACGAGCAGCAAGAUGCACACGAAUUUUUCAUUUCCAUGCUUGAUGGGAUUCACGAAAAGGUCGACAAGGAUCGGGGUAAACCCCAGAAUCCAGGCAAUGGAGACUGCUGUAUUGCUCACAGAGUAUUCUCGGGCAUCUUGCGAUCCGAUGUCAUGUGCAUGGCCUGUGGUUUCACAUCUACGACAUAUGACCCGUGCGUUGACAUCUCACUGGACUUGGAGCCAACCCAAGGGGGUUCUGCAAAGAUGGCAUCGACGAAGUCCCUUCAUCCUUGCAAUGGUGAAGCAGAUUGCCUGAAUUCAAGGCACAACUGUGGAACAUCUACCCUGCUGGGUUGCUUGGACCGUUUUACGAGACCCGAGAGAUUGGGCUCCGACCAAAAAUUCUUCUGCCAGCAGUGUCAGGUGAGGCAGGAAUCACUAAAACAGAUGUCUAUAAGAAAGCUUCCGCUAGUUUCUUGCUUCCAUAUCAAAAGAUUCGAGCAUUCUUCGGUCCGCAAAAUGUCAAGAAAGGUUGACAGAUACUUGCAGUUCCCAAUUUCAUUGGACAUGGCACCUUAUCUUUCAUCUUCUAUCUUGAGAAGCCGAUUCGGGAAUAGGAUUUUCCCUUUUGACGGAGUUGAGCCGGACACUUCAAAUGACUUGUCCUCGGAGUUUGAGCUGUUUGCUGUUGUCACUCACUCAGGUAAGCUAGAUGCUGGCCAUUAUGUGACUUACUUACGGUUAUGUAACCAAUGGUACAAGUGUGAUGAUGCUUGGAUAACUCAAGUCAAUGAGAGCAUUGUGCGAGCAGCUCAAGGAUACAUGAUGUUCUAUGUACAGAAGAUGCUGUACUACAAAGCAAGCGAGAAACAGGUUGCUGGAUGAAAUGCUGGUGAGAAAAUAAAAUUUUUUCAUAUUAUACUAAUUGGAAAUGGCUGUUGCAAGUGAGGGCUGGUUGGUAACAUGAAGUAAUUAACCAUGGGCCAGUUUUGUUGACAUUGAAGAAAAAUGUCAUUUGAGUUGCGAAGUGUCAUGGUCAAAGACUAAGCAACUCUCUUGCUCACAGAGGAUAUAUUUAUAUAUGAAAGCUUAUUCCAAGUUGCAGCAUGAAGUGCUAAAUUUUUUAGGCAGUCUUGCUCUGGGGAAAUAUUAAUUUAUGAAGGUAAGGAUCACUGGGAAAAUGGAUUAUGAUAUGUUUUUGCCCCAAUUAGUAUUUUGAACAUUCAAGUGCUGUUAACGGGGUUGAUCAUUAUUACUGAUGGAUCAUCAAAAGUUGCUAUGCUUUGAGGUCUGGUUUACUGGUAUACCAAUUACUUCCUUAACACGGCAAACUAUGCCAAAAAUCUGAUUUAAGUCUCAAAUUCUUGAACCAGAUGUUUGUCCUUGUGCUCACCAAGAUUCUUUGCUGUGGCAUUUAACAUUAAUACAAGGAAUUUGAGCUAAAUUGGGCUAUGUUCAACCUGCUUUACUUUUCGUAUAAUCUUCACGCACUCGUUGCUUGCAAAUUCUACCCGAAAAGCUGUAUAAAU